AUGAACUCUCACCGACACCCCGAUGACGCGAGCGCGAGACACCCAAGGUCCCUCCCUGACGGUCAUGAUGAGAACGACGCGGCACCAGGAAGGCCGUCAACACAACACCGCAUCGCCCAUCCGUUUGCGCAUGCGUAUGCAGAUGAAGUCCAUCCUCCCUCGUAUGAAGAGGCGCAGGCCUCAACAACAGGAUGUGCGGGGGAUCAGAAGACAAUGUUUCCCUCUGCGCGGACAUCGAGCGGCAGUCCUGGCAAUUAUGCUGCAACUUUGAGCCAAGCAACAAGGCAAUUAGACCAACUCCCAUUAGACUCCGAUUACUCUUACCAGCUUGGCGCGUCUGCAGAGCCUACAGCUGAAGCAACGACAAUCGGAGUAGCAUCUCGAGCUACACAAAUCGAACCAAUGUCGCAGUCCUCUGUGACGGAGGGAACACGAGCGUUCGUCAUUGAUGAUGGACGCGUCGAGAUGCACAUCGACGAGUCGCGACUCGUAUCUAGAAUCCUGUCCACGACAUUGCAAGCCGAGAACCGGUCCGAGGAACAAAACUCCACAGCCCGACGCUCUUCUUCUGCCAGCCUCGCUCAAGGCAGACUGCCAAGCAACAAGGUGGUCCGGCUCAAUGUCGUUAUGCAGGUCGUGGGAUCCCGCGGCGACGUCCAACCUUUUGUAGCUCUCGGAAAAGUGCUCAAGGAGAAAUACGGCCAUCGGGUCCGCUUGGCAACACACGGCGUCUUUCGCAAGUUUGUCACCGAGAACGGUCUUGAAUUUUUCGACAUUGGCGGAGAUCCAGUGCAGCUCAUGGCCUUUAUGGUGAAAAAUCCAGGCUUGAUCCCCGGCAUCGAUUCAAUCACGAGCGGUGACGUGGGGAAAAGACAGAGAGAAAUGAAGGAAAUCCUGAUUGGCGCCUGGAGGUCAUGUUUCGAGGCUGGUGAUGGCACCGGGCCGCCACUGGAAGAAGAUGGGUUCCAGACAAGCGAAACCGAGAUCCCCUUUAUCGCGGAUGCUAUUAUUGCGAACCCGCCCAGUUCCGCCCACAUUCACGUUGCCGAGAAGCUGGGGAUUCCGUUGCACAUCGUGUUCACGUCGCCGGCUUUGAUACCCAAGCCCGCGGACUGGGAGAAUCACAUCACCGUUUCAGGCUUCAGCUUCCUCCCACUUUCGUCGACGUACACUCCGGACGCUGACCUUGAGGCAUUUCUCAAGGCGGGCCCUCCGCCUCUGUACAUUGGCUUCGGAUCAAUCGUUCCCGCUGAUCCUGACGGUCUGACCAGAUUGCUACUUUCUGCCAUCAAGCAGACAGGACAGCGUGCCCUCGUUUCCAAAGGCUGGGGCGGGCUCGGCAAAGACGACGUGGACAUUCCCGACGUCUUCAUGCUCGGCAACGUCCCGCACGAGUGGCUUUUCGAGCGCGUCUCGUGCGUCGUGCACCACGGCGGUGCCGGUACCACGUCCACGGGUAUUGCCAAGGGGAAGCCUACCAUCGUGGUGCCUUUCUUCGGUGACCAGCUAUUCUGGGGCUCAAUGAUAGCCCGCGCUGGCGCAGGGCCGCCACCAAUCCCGUUCAAACAGCUCACAGCGGAAAACCUUGCUUCGGCAAUCCUUAUGGCCAUCAAGCCGGAUAUGGUGGAGGCUGCCAAAGUCCUGGGCCAGAAACUAUCCGGUGAGGAUGGGCGAGAAACAGCGGCCGACGACUUCCACAAAGGACUCAGCUUGGACACGAUAAAAUGCGACUUGUCACCGAGCCGAACAGCGGUGUGGAGAGUGUCCAAGACCAAGAUCAAAUUGAGCGCCUUUGCCGCCACAGUCCUAGCGAAUGCGGGCAUUUUAAAUAUGAACGACCUAAAGCGGUAUCACCCACGCUCGUACCACACCGUAGAAGGAUCCGUCGAUCCGAUUUCGGGUGGAUUGGGGGCGAUUCUAGGCCCUGUUGGGAGUCUGAUGAUGGGCAUGAUUGAUAUUCCACUUGAUGUUGCCAAGGCAGUGGCGGUCAAGUCGACAAGCUCACCCAAUGACCAGACCGAAGGCCCUCGUUCGGCACCAAAAGCCAGUCCUGAGAAGCUGAAUGUCGGCUCCCAGGUCAGCGCUGAUCAAAGUCCCAUUCCCGGCCCCAUCGAAUCAAGACAGCUUUCCUCAAUCACCACAGUGGACUCUGCUGAUCCCCACGAGUUCAAGCUUCCACGACGGCCUCCUAACUUGGAAGCUGACCCAUCCGGGUCGGAGCCUGCGCCCCAAUCGCCGGUACGGAGAGAAUCUGAUAAGAAGGGCAAGAAGAAGAGCAUGAAGGAAAAAGCAUUUGGCUUCGGCUUUUACAAAGAACUCUCGGGCAACGAACACAUGGCUCGCUCCAGCUUUCUUCCAGAUGUCAAAGGAUCCAUCAAAGAUCAUCCCAGCGGCUCGAUAGGCUCGGACGCAGCGCUCGGAGCAGGAAAAGGACUUGGACGCAUUGCAGCCAUCGGCAUGCGUAUCCCAAUGGACUUUGCCAUGGGAAUCAGCAGUGGGUUUCGUAAUGCGCCAAAAUUGUACGGAGACACUACGGUGCGGCCAGCCCACAAAGUAGAAGGGUUCAACAGCGGAUUACAGGCUGCAACAAAGGAGUUUGGCUACGGAGUAUAUGAUGGCGUGACGGGACUGGUGUCACAGCCUUACAAUGGAGCCAAGAAGGAGGGCGUGUCUGGAUUCUUCAAAGGCUUUGCAAAGGGUGUGGGCGGUGCCGUGUUGAAGCCUGGGGCUGCACUUUUUGGCAUCCCCGGGUAUGCAUUCAAGGGCAUUCACCAAGAGAUACAAAACCAUUUCGGCUCAGGCCUGGAGAGCUACAUCAUUUCUAUUCACACAGCCAAGGGCUUGAGGGAGUACGCUAGCGCCACGGAGGACGAGAAGACGGAUAUUGUGAAUAAAUGGCAUUCGGGUGAGAUUGAGCAAAAGAUAUCCAAGCCUGGAAUUAUAGACAGAUGGCAAUCUGUACAGAGGUCACGAAGCCAAUGGAAGGAGGACGAGGAACGCGAAUCAAGAGCUGAGAAUUAG